UGUGGAGAAAAGUGGAAGGGUUAGCAAAAGUGAUGGAUAUGGGUUAGCAGCAAUGGAGUUGAUGCAACUAUCUCAAAUUGUUAAUAGGAGAUCAGUUGUGGAGCUAGUGUCAUUAGUUAAUUUCCUG